UUGCGUCCUGACGAACACGCUCUGGACGGUUGUUUACAAGGAAGUCGCUGAUAAACAACGAUCCAAUGAGGGCGUAUCAUGAAUUAUAACUACGAUAUCAGGCAACCAAAGGGGUGUUGUGAAGAUAGGCUGUUGUUGGAUUUUAGCGAGAUGGAGAUCCCGGACCUGGCCAUUACAUGGACAGACUCCAACAUCUGGUUCGGACUUGCUGCGUUGUGGUUAACUCCUUUCACGUGGAAUGUUGUUGCAAGACUGGAGUACAGAACACAGUUCCUUUCGAAGCUGUUUGGGAACCCCCGACUUGCAUGUACAGCCCUGGCUCUCUGUAUUAUCUCUGCCACUCUCUACAAGAGUUACAGGUUCAAGAUGGCAAUGGACAGUCAGCCCCGCUGUAUUCUGCUCCAUGAGAACUGGAUCCUGUGGCUGGGAUACCUUUUCAUCUACCUGGGUGUGCUGUUGGUUGUCAGUAGUUUCUUAGCUCUGGGAUUCUUUGGAACCUACUUGGGUGAUUAUUUUGGGAUCCUCAUGGAUGAAAAAGUAACAGGCUUCCCUUUCAACCUGGUCAGCAAUCCCAUGUAUGUCGGAAGCACAGUCAACUACCUGGGCAUGGCCCUCAUUCGAGCUAGCAGUGCAGGAUUGUUUCUGACUGCAGGGGUAGGACUGGCCUACUAUGUAGCAAUUUCAUUCGAGGAACCCUUCACGGAAGAAAUUUACAAGAACAGGAAGAAACAGUCAUAAUCCAGGCCUACAGGCUUGUCAUCUGCAGGAGGAAUGUUCCAAGUGCAGCGCGUUGGUUUUACACUAUUUUUACACCAUGAUGGUAUAGUACGUCCAGAGUAGAACUCAAAUCCGUGGUGCUGUCCCCAUUCCAUGACAUAUAUGUAUAUAUAUAUAUAUAUAUAUAUAUCAUUUAGGACUGCCUGUUGGGGUAUAUUCAGUAUUGUGAUAGUAUUCAUCCAACUUUAAGGCUUGAUAAUUAUAUUAAUCAAUGUAUAGAAAUAUAGUAUUUAUGACAAUUGUCAAAGUUGGACAUUUUUCUCCCUGUCGCUAUUCAAACUGAAGGGAAGUAACUCUAAUCUGUUGUCUUUAUCCUUGCGAAUCAACACACAGGUUUGAAAUGCGACUGUAAAAAGUCUCGCAUAAUCCAUGAUUUAUUUUUAAUUAAUUGUGGCUAUUGAAACUGUUGUUAAGCAUACUAUUGACUAUACUAAGAUGUUGGGAAUUUGGCAAUUUAUUGCGACUAUUGAAACUGUUGUUAAGCAUACUAUUGACUAUACAAAGAUGUUGGGAAUUUGACAGUUAAUUGCGACUAUUGAAACUGUUGUUAAGCAUACUAUUGAUUAUACUAAGAUGUUGGGAAUUUGACAAUUAAUUGCGACUAUUGUAACUGUUGUUAAGCAUACUAUUGACUAUACUAAGAUGUUGGGAAUUUGACAAUUAAUUGCGACUAUUGUAACUGUUGUUAAGCAUACUAUUGACUAUACUAAGAUGUUGGGAAUUUGACAAUUAAUUGCGACUAUUGAAACUGUUGUUAAGCAUACUAUUGACUACACUAAGACGUUGGGAAUUUGGCAGUUAUUGCGACUAUUGAAACUGUUGUUAAGCAUACUAUUGACUACACUAAGACGUUGGGAAUUUGGCAGUUAUUGCGACUAUUGAAACUGUUGUUAAGCAUACUAUUGACUACACUAAGACGUUGGGAAUUUGGCAGUUAUUGCGACUAUUGAAACUGUUGUUAAGCAUACUAUUGACUGCACUAAGACGUUGGAAAUUUGGCAGUUAUUGCAACUAUUGAAACUGUUGUUAAGCAUACUAUUGACUACACUUAGACGUUGGGAAUUUGGCAGUUAUUGCGACUAUUGAAACUGUUGUUAAGCAUACUAUUGACUGCACUAAGACGUUGGGAAUUUGGCAGUUAUUGCGACUAUUGAAACUGUUGUUAAGCAUACUAUUGACUGCACUAAGACGUUGGGAAUUUGGCAGUUAUUGCGACUAUUGAAACUGUUGUUAAGCAUACUAUUGACUAUACUAAGAUGUUGGGAAUUUGACAAUUAAUUGCGACUAUUGAAACUGUUGUUAAGCAUACUAUUGACUAUACUAAGAUGUUGGGAAUUUGACAAUUAAUUGCGACUAUUGAAACUGUUGUUAAGCAUACUAUUGACUAUACUAAGAUGUUGGGAAUUUGACAAUUAAUUGCGACUAUUGAAACUGUUGUUAAGCAUACUAUUGACUAUACUAAGAUGUUGGGAAUUUGACAAUUAAUUGCGACUAUUGAAACUGUUGUUAAGCAUACUAUUGACUAUACUAAGAUGUUGGGAAUUUGGCUUCAUCACUUUGUUUAAAAAAGACGCUGUGGUCUUAACUUCAUCCCUGAAAGAUAAAGGAUUGUAUCAAUAAUAGACACACAAACAGUAUCCACUGGACUUGCUGUAGGUGUAUAUACAUGUACAAGAGAAAGAAAACGUCUGUCCCAGUCGAAUUCUUAUUUCAAAUAUCGCUUAGGGGGUCAUCACUUAAUGUUCCCUGACACGAUCCCCAUGCUUGUAACAACCUCGGCAUGGUUGACCUCUAUAACAUGAUGGCAUAGCAGACAGAGUAAACUGGAAUAGUAAUUCAUGUACAAUCAGUGUCAAUCACUGUCAACACUUUAGCUCCUACUAUGUCACAAUAAGUACCGUAUUUGACGUAAUAAGCGCCCCUCUCUAAUAAGCACCCACGGCGAGAUUUGCUGAUAUAUUGGCGAGUGAACAAUCCCAAUUACCACCCCUUCCUUCCCCUAUUGGCAUAUAAUACGCACUCGUGUGUUAUACGCACCCUUUAUUAUUGGCAAUUAAAUUCUGGAAACAUAUCUGUCGUACAUCAACAUUUCAGGCUGUCAGCAUAACCACAAAAUUUAUCUUUCAACUCUGUUUUUUUCACCAAAAUAAUAUUCUAAUAAGAGCCCCCUAUUUCUAAUUUUGAGAGUGCCCUGGGCGCGUAUUACGUCAAAUAGGGUAUAUUAAAACAGAUGCCAGUAUCGCAAUAAAUUGCAAUUCAAUUGUUGGGCCUGACCCUAGUAUUAUGUCCUUGCUUGUACAAUGAGUACCCAUCUCUCCACACUCCACUGCUUAUAAAUCUUCUUCUUUGACUGUGCUUUACGUAUAUACAUUUUACAUAUAUUUUUAACUUCCAAAACUGCCCCCCACAGGAAAAAUCACCUUGGAUGAGAUCAAGCGAGAUCUACAUUGUAGAUAUUGCUGCAAUGAAAUUGCAUCACAAUGCUUUGCAGACCAUUGUGACAUCAUUGGUUACCAUGACAUCACAAUCAAAUGACAUCACUAAUGGCCCUGCUACUGAAGCUGUUAGCAGUACUUUUUACACUAAGACACUGUAUUACACUUAUUACUGUUAACAAACUGAAAAAGUUGGAAGAAUGAUGUUGGAUGAUAAAUAAGAUCUCACCCUCGUGUCUUUUGAUAACUAAUAUAUCAACACUCUAUAAAAGUGGAAAAACUCGUCGGCAAGCCUCUUUUUUCACUUUUAUCAACUCAUGUUGAUAUAUUUGAUAUCAAAAGACACUCAGGGGGGAUUCUCUAUUCAUGAGGAUCUAUGAGCUCUUCUGAAUAAAUUACAAAUUUCAAUUAUUAUUAUUAUCAUUAUUAGUAGUAUUUAUAUUAUAAGGUAUGUUAUUUUUAGCAUCUUGCAAUUGGAAUCAGGCUCAAAACUCAGAUAUGGUAGUAAUUUGGUCAUUGGUAUUUAUCAGCAUAGACUUGAGAUAUACCAUUAAUAUACUGCAUAAUCAAAGAUAGACUGUCUCACAGACCUUGAACCAUGUUAUUUUCCCUUCCAUACAGCCCUUACUGUAAUGCUAUAGUCUACAAGACUAUGACUUUUAUUUUCCGUUUUAUUGUAAGCUUGUGAAUCUUUUCUUGGAAGUGUAGUAAGUGAUUAAUCAUUAUCUGUAUGAUGAAAUCUGCUAUGAAAUUCACGACAAGGUAAAUCUCACUCUGCUAGAUUCUUCCCAAGGCAAAAGAGUUCACACUUUCCACCCUUGCCGAACUAGGCUGGAAUUACUGGGCUGGAUCGUAGCACCACCAGUGGCUAUUACGAGUUAUGUCCCAUCUAUGCCUCUCCUAUGGACCAAUCAGAUUCCACCUCUCGUAU